AUGGAAAACAGAGAAUGUGAAAUAAGGAUAUUGAACGGAACAAGUUGUGCGUUUUAUAGAUAUAUGCAUUCAGUUAAACAUGGUAUAUGGUUACUUAAUCCACCGGAAUGUUUAAAAGAUAAGAAGGAAGAGAAAUGCAUAGCUAAAUUUACAAAAACUAUGGGAAAUUUUUAUGGAAUUUUACAAUAUUGUGUUGUAAUAAAUAAUGAAGAAUAUAUUUUGAAUGCACGUUUUGAUAUUCCUUUAUUAGGCGAUAAUACGGCUUCUGCUGUCUUAGGCAUGAAUAUUAAGAAUGAUAAGAAACAGAUAUUGUCUCAACAAAACUAUUUUAUAGUAAAACAUAGUUUUGAUAACACAUAUAACAGUAAAUUUUAUAUAAACAUUUUAGAAACAGAUGAAGGGAGAAGAUUUAUAGAAUAUCACAAGAAAAAACUGAAAAAAGGAUUAUUAAAAAUACUACAUAUCAGAAGCAUAGAAGAAAAGGAAAAACUAAAAAGGAUAAAUUUGAGUAAUUCCAUGAAACACAAUGAUAAAAAAAAAAAAGGUGACAAUAAUAAUUAUAAUUUAAAUGAUAAUAAUAAUAAUAAUAGUACCAAUAAUAGUAAUAACAAUGAUGAUUAUGAGGAGGAGGAGGCACUGUUAAACGAUAAGCUGUUAUAUAGCACUUACAGAAAUGAAGACAUAAUGGAAAAUUUGCCAUUAAGCUUUAUAAUAAACAUAAAAAAUUAUGAAUGGAAAAAGAGAUUGAGGAAGGCACAUAAGUCUUUGUAUAUUAUAAUUAUAAAUUUCACUAGACAAACUUUAAAUUUGUCUGAUAGUAAAGGGAUAAAAUCAGCUGUAUUAACAGAAGGAAAUUGGGUAGAAUUGCCGAGUGAAAAAAUAUCCCCUUUACGUUGUAGCGAAUUUGGUUGUAACAGUGAUGGUAUGUUUUCAAGUAUCAACGGUUUUUGUAAAUAUAAUUUUAUGAACGAGUCAUGUUAUUUAAAUAUAUUUUGGGACAUCAAUAGUGUGAAUUCCAAAAUAAAAUGUAAUAUUAAGAAUACUUCUAAAUACACUAUUAUUAAAAAUGUGGAAAUUUUUAAUGAAUGUACAGCCGUAUUUCAUAUCUUAGAAUAUUACUAUUAUCCACCUAUUAAACUAUUAGAUUGUAGGGCUUUAACAGUUAAUAUUAUUAAUAAAUAUAGUAUUAAUAAAGAUAAUAUAGAUCCGAAUAUGAAUAUUAUUUAUCAGUGUAGUAUAAAUGUAAUAAGGCAAUUUUGUCUAUACCUUCAAAAUAAUGCAUCACAGGAAAAUAAUUCAAAUGAAGAUUUGAUAAACCCAGCUGACUUUAGAUCAAUGGAAUAUGAUUAUGAUGAGGAUGAUACAAGAGAUCAGAAAUGCUUCUCGAAUUUUUUGAAUUUUUUGAAAACUAAUAAUUCACUAUCCUUAUAUUCUAAUGCUGUAGAAGAAAUGAUAAAUAAGUCAUAUAAUAUGGACAAGGCAAAAAUGGCAGAUAAUUUAAUUAGUUUAAAAAAUAAUAGGAAAGUGCGUAAUAUAGAUAGUAAUGCCCUAAUUUAUCUAAAUCAUGAAGAUUUUAGAAGAAAUAUACAAGAUAAAAACUUUUAUUUGUUAAAAAAAAGAAAUGCUACAUCCAAUAGUUUGUGUAUAAGUAGGAAAAAUACUUUCACAAAUAUUAAUAUUACCGCAGCACGUAAUUUUUUUUGUUAUAUGCAUGGUAAUAAUUAUUCAAAUAAUAUUCCAAUAAAUUCCUAUUUGUAUAUAUCAUGGAACAUUGGAAAUAUAAUAUAUCGUAAUUUGUACAACUCUAGUGAAAAUAUUAUUAUAAAUGCCCACAGUUUAUUAAGUAGUCAUAAUAUUAAUGAUGAUGUUAUACUUAAAUUAAAGAUUGAUGAAAAUAACAGAAGAAUAUAUCCUUCUAAUUUAAUUCAUUCUUUAUUGAUGAACAUGCAAAGCGAUAUAUAUAUUAAUAAUGAGUAUGUUAUACUAGAUAUUAUAUUAAACAUAUUUCAUAUGUUAUGCACACAUUUAACACCCAUCAUUGAAAAAAUUUUAGAUUUAGAAUAUGGUAAUAGAUGGCUAGUAGAUAGUAAAAUCCCCAAAAGCAAUAUUUGGGAAAAAUCAAAAGGAAAAAAUGAAUUAGAUAUUGAAGGUAUUAUUCAUAUUAUUACUACAUUCUGGAUGGACGUUUUUGAAAAAAAAAUUAAAAAUAUAGAAAUUUUAGAUAAUUUACAAAAGGCCUCUAUCUUUUGGGCAAACCAAGAAAUAGAUCAAUUCGAUCAGGAUUUUGUAAAAAAAUUAAUUGAAUGCUCUUCUUUGCUUUUGAAAAUAUUUGGGGACUACAAUACGGCAAAGAGCAUUGAAAAGUUGUAUUAUAACAAGUACUCCAUCUUUAGUGAUAUUUGUGUGGACUGA